AUGGCUCUGCAGUUACGUACUAAAAGCAUCGGAGGCAGCAGAAGCGGCUAUAGCUCAUCCUCUGUCAUGGCUGGUGGCGGUGGAGGGGGAAACAGAGUCAGGAGCAGCUACAGUUCGCAUGGAGGUGGCGGACAGUGUGGUGGAUUCAGCAGCAGGAGCUAUGGCGGAGGCGGAAGAAUUUCCUCUGGGUCUUAUGGUGGAGGAUUUGGCUGCCGAGGAGGUGGCUUUAGUGGUGGGAUGAUUGGAGGAGGAGGUGGUGGCUAUGGAGGAGGAAUGGGUUGCAUUGGAGGAGGACUAGGAGGCAUGGGAGGUGGAAUGGGAGGAGGAAUUGGAGGAGGUGGCAUGGGUGGUGGCUGCUUUGGUGGAGGUGGCUUCAGUGGUGGACCUGGCAUGGGACCAAUGAUUGGUGGUGGACCUGGCAUGGGACCAGUGAUUGGUGGUGGACCUAUGGGUGGUUUUGGCGGUGGCAUUGGAGGUGGUGGCUUUGGUGGACCUGGGAGAGGUGACCCUGGGUUCCCAAGAGGCAUCCAACCAGUUCAGGUCGAUCCCAGUCUCCUGAAGCCAGUCCAAGUGGAGAUUGACCCCCAGAUCCAGCAGGUGAAACAAAAUGAGAAAGAGCAGAUCAAGACCCUCAACAACCAGUUUGCCACCUUCAUUGACAAGGUCCGGUUUUUGGAGCAACAAAACAAGGUUCUGUCCACAAAGUGGGAGCUCCUCCAACAGCAAGGACAUAGUGGUCCAAGGAAGGACCUCAGCAGCCUCUUUGAAAGUUAUAUCCAAAACUUGAAGAGGCAGCUGGACUCUAUCCUUCAUCAGAGAGAACAGCUGGAGUCAGACCUGCAGAACAUGCAACCCCAUGUUGAAGAGUACAAGAAAAAGUACGAAGAAGAAAUCAACAGGCGCGCGACUGCCGAGAAUGAGUUUGUGGUGCUGAAGAAGGACGUGGAUAAUGCCUACAUGAAUAAAGUACAGUUGGAAGCAAAGGUGCAAGCCCUGAUGGAUGAAAUUGACUUCCUGAGACACGUGUUUGAGGAGGAGCUGUCUCAGAUGCACACGAUAAGUCGCGACUUGUCUGUGGUGGUGUCUAUGGAUAACACCAGGCACCUAGAUAUGGACAGCAUCAUUGAUGAAGUCAGGCGUCAAUAUGAAGACAUUGCUCGGAGCAGCAGAGCUGAAGCUGAGGAGUGGUACCAGAGCAGGUAUGAAGAGCUGCAGAACACGGCGGGACGACACGGAGACAACCUGCGUAACACCAAGCAAGAGAUCCAAGAGCUGACCAGGUGUAUCCAGAGGCUGCGAUCGGAGAUUGAGAACGUGAAGAAGCAGCAUCAGCAGCUGCAGGCAGCCAUUGCGGAGGCUGAGGACCGGGGUGAGAUGGCCCUCAAGGAUGCUAGGUCCAAGCUGCAAGAGCUGGAGGCUGCCCUGCAGAAGGACAAGGAGGAGCUGGCUCGCUUGCUGAAGGAAUACCAGGAGCUGUUGAACAUCAAGAUUGCCCUGGAUAUAGAGAUUGCCAUGUACAGGAAGCUGCUGGAAGGGGAGGAGGGCAGGCUGAGUCAAGAUAUGUCCAAUGUGAAUGUCUCGGUGGUGGGCAGGACCACCAUUACUGGAGGCCAUGGAGGAAGCGGCGGUGGAUUCGGAGGCGGAAGUGGAUUCGGAGGUGGAAGUGGAUUUGGAGGCGGAAGUGGAUUCGGAGGUGGAAGUGGAUUCGGAGGUGGAAGCGGAUAUGGAGGAGGAUGUGGAAUUGGAGGUGGCAUUGGAGGAGGUGGAAUCGGAGGAGGAGGCAUGGGAGGAGGUGGGUACGGAGGCAGCUGUGUCAGCGGAGGUGGCAUGAUCAGCGGUGGUUACUCCUCUGGAAGCGGAAGAGGCUUCAGCUCUGGUGGAGGCAGCAUUGGAGGUGGAUCCUCAUCUGUCAGGAGAAGCAACACGACCACGACCAUCAAAUCUUCAGGGGGAAGGUGCUAAGCCUGGGAGUCCUUCUUCCCAGGGCAGGAAAUAUCUCUUCUGCUCUCCUGGCUGCAGCAUAGCUCCUCUCCAUCUAAUCCUGGCAUCCAGAAAAGAAACAAACUGUGCCCCUUGCCAUUUAGUGCCCUCCAUAGACCCUCUUCUGCCAACUGCCCGUGUUCCUAGGGGGAGCCGUGUGAGAAGACACCAGCUUCUUGGACAC